AAAUAAAGCUGUACAUUUUGUUGGGUGUUCACAAGUUGCCGAGACACCGUGCAGUUCGCGUCGUAAAACCAAGCGUCCAAAAAAAAAAAAAAAUAAAAAAAAAGUAGAUAAUCAAAGUUAAGACACAGUGUCAUUGUUAAAAAAUCAAAGUGUUACAAUUACAUGACUCAUUGACUCAAACGUUUAAUUGUUAAAGUGAUUGUUUAUAAUAAAAAUUAAUUUACUCAAAAAUAAUAAUAAUAACAAAAAGUGCUUGACACAUUGCGGGACAAGAAAAUCCGCAUGUGGUUGGUUGCUCAGUGAUAAGUAAAUUGUUAUUAAAAUUAUUAUUAAUUUUUUUAAAAAAAUAAUCAAGACAUUUUGUUGAUUAAAUAAUUCAAAAAAAAAAAAAUACAUCAUUGUUGAUGUAAUUAUUUUAUUAUAAAUAAUAAUAGACUGAAUUUGUUGAUAAUUGUUUGAUUUUUUCGUCAAUUGUUUAUUAAAAAUACCACGUUAAAAAUAAUAGAAAUUAUUUUAUAAUUUUUUUUGUCAUUUAAUAUUGAAUAUACUGUUUAAAGCUUGGGUUAUGUAACCGCAUGGCACGUUUAUAUUCACACAAGAAAAUAAUACAUACGCAGUUGUGUGUUGAAAUUGAAAUCUACAAGUGGGAGAAAUAUUUAAUAAAUAAAUAUUAAACAUACUGAAAGUGUGUCUAUGAUAUUUGUUUUGAAAAUAACAAAAAAAAAAAUAAAAGUGCCAUCAUAAUAAUAAACAAUAAUAAUAAUUAUAAAUUGCAAUAUUAAAUAUUUAAUUAAAACAAGUGAUAAUAAUUUUAUAAUAACAAAAAAAAAAGUGUGUUAUUGGACCUGAUGGUUCGUGAUUCAACAAUGGAAACGACGUUCUAUGAGGAGAAUUCAUUUUACAUGAAUAGUAAUAAUGAAAAUGUUGGACAAUUAAAACGUAGUUUAACACUUGAUUUAAAUAAUCAUCAACAAAAAAAUAUACAACAAAAUAAACGACCACGUUUAUCACAAUUACCAUCAAUAACAAAUCGUGCACCAAUGUUAACAUCACCAGAUUUAAAUUUACUUGGUUUAACAACACCAGAUCUUGAAAAAUUUAUAAUAAAUCCACAAAAUGGUUUAUUAACACCAACAACAAAUAGUGAUAAUCAAAAUGUAUUUUUACGUACACCAGUUACUGAAGCACAAGAACAAUAUGUACGUGGUUUUGUUGAUGCAUUAAAUGAAUUACAUCAUUCUGAUUCAUCACAAGAACCAAGUUCAAUACAUGGUGCAACAUAUACUAAUUUAGAACCACCUGGUUCAGUACAAAGUAAUGAAUCAAUAUCACAAAAUUUAUUAUUAAUUAAAGAUGAACCACAAACAGUACCAAGUGUUACAAGUUCACCACCAAUGUCACCAAUUGACAUGGAAAAUCAAGAAAAAAUUAAACUUGAAAGAAAACGUCAAAGAAAUCGUGUUGCUGCAUCAAAAUGUCGUAGACGUAAACUUGAAAGAAUAUCACGUCUUGAAGAUAAAGUUAAAUUAUUAAAAGGUGAAAAUACUGAAUUAAGUGCCAUGGUACAUAGACUAAAAGAACAUGUGUGUCUAUUGAAGGAACAAGUCAUGGAACAUUUUCAAUCUGGUUGUCAAAUAAUGAAUGUACCAGUUCAUUAUACAUCAUAGAUAUUAAUUUCAUUUAUUUUAUAUUUUUAAAAUUAAUUUAUAAAUAAUUAUUUCAAGCUAAAAUAAAUGAAAUUUAAUUAUACAAAUUUAUUUUUAUUUUGGUAUUGUCAGGUACAAUAUUCAUCAAUGAGUUUCGAUUUUAUUUCAUGUAAUAAAUCUGCUCGAAAUAUUGUGUGUGAUUGGACGAUAAAUAAUUAAAAAUAGACAUUAUUGUCUUAUGCCAUGUGGACAACCAUCAAAAUGUUUAUUUAAAAAAAAAUAAAUUUGUUAUUUAUUUUUUUUUUUUGCUGCUGGUGGAGGUGGUGGUGCGAGGAAAAAUAUAAAUUUUUCAUACAAUGACCUCGAGGAGAAUCUGAUGGGAGUGCCUUUCCGAGUGCUGUGUAAAGAAACGGACGCAAAAAUAAAAAAAAAAAAAUUGAUGAUAGAGAGAGAGAAGAAAAAAAAAAUGAGAAAA